AUGCUCACGAUCAAAAAACGGAAAAUUUCAGGAUCACCGAAAGGAAUACUACGAAGAGAACCGAAAACUGCAGACACCCCCAGAAAAGUAGGAUUCGUGGAUGAUAUUGGCAAACCACUUGUUGAGUAUAGAGAUCUUCCUCCGAAAGAAAGUAACAAGAAAGAAACUUGUGAGAACUAUCAUCACAUGAAGACAUCGGGACGACUGAUAUCAGCUGAUCCCUACUCGAUCAAUCAGACAAAAUGGAACCUCUACCCCGUGAAAAAUGUAAAGCCUCCAAGAAAUACGUCCUCAGAGCUAAAGAUGAUUGAGGAACGACGGCUUGAGGAUAGUAAUAUUUCUAGAGCUCCACUGUUCGGAACCUUCGAUGCCUUCGAGUCUCCUGAUUUGAUUAUCGAUGCCACUGCUCGUGCUCUUCAACCUGUUCCGAUUAUUCCUUCUAAAAAUGAUAUCAUUGAUAUUCCACCAUUACCUUCCCCCGCACACACCUAUAAUCAAGUCUUUGAGAGUACUAAUGAUCAGCAAGGCACUGUUGAUUCUCCUCCGAAAACGACGAGUUCCGUUUUCGAUCUUAUGUCUCAAUUGAAACAACGUGGAUUAAUUCCUCAAGAACAGCCGGCGUCCACAUCGGAUAAUUUGAAUCCGAUGCCAACACAUAACACUGAAUCGAAUAGUGGACGGAAGAUAAGAAAGCCCUGUCUGUAUUACAUGGUCAAGCCGAAUGGAUGUAACCGUGGAGAUUCGUGUCGGUUCGAACAUGAUGAUGUACAGAGAGGAUUUCAACAACAAAAACAUCUUCACAAUCGAAACGGUCGUAAUGACAGCUGGAGACCGCGUCAUCAACGUGAUCAUUUGAGAAGUUCGGGAGACGGAAGACGCAUUCAUCGGUCGAGAAGCCCCCAGUCCGUUGCCUGA